UCAAAUUCCAGAAAACAGAGCAUCCGAGACAGCAGAGGGAGAAGAGAGGAGAGAGAGAGUUUCAUAUAGUCAAACCUUGUAAGAAAGGCCUCUGAAACUGUAAGACUCCUGCUUCGAACUUUACUCUCUCUCUCUCUCUCUCUAUCUUUCUCUCUCUAGGUACUUGUUCUCUUUGAUUUGGCAAAUCCUCUGAUCACUGGUCGAAGCUCUCCUUUGGAUCACAAGCUUCGAAGUAUGCAAAAAAUGUGAGGGAUUCACAGCUUCAGGUUUAAAAAAUUGAUUCUUUUCAGGAUGGGUUGCAUUUUUUAAGCAAUUGAAAUAUAGAAUCCCUGACUCUGCUAGCCAGAUAUGGCUUCAGCUGGUAUGGUACCUUCAGUAAUUGGUAAACCUAGUGAUAAUGCAAUGUUGGUUGACAAGCUCCCUGAGGAAAUCAAUGAAAUGAAGAUCAGAGAUGACAAGGUGGAAAAGGAAAUGGAAGCAACAGUGGUGGAUGGAAAUGGAACUGAAACUGGUCAUAUCAUUGUAACAACUAUUGGUGGUAAAAAUGGUCAACCAAAGCAGACCAUAAGCUACAUGGCAGAACGUGUUGUUGGACAGGGUUCAUUUGGAAUUGUAUUUCAGGCUAAGUGCCUUGAAACUGGGGAAACUGUUGCAAUCAAGAAAGUUUUACAGGAUAAGAGAUACAAGAAUCGUGAAUUGCAAACAAUGCGCCUUCUUGAUCACCCCAAUGUUGUUUCACUGAAACAUUGCUUUUUUUCAACUACAGACAAGGAUGAGCUUUAUCUAAAUUUGGUUCUUGAAUAUGUACCCGAGACAGUUUAUCGUGUAGCUAAACACUACAGCAGGGCGAAUCAGAGAAUGCCUAUGAUAUACGUCAAACUCUACACAUAUCAGAUUUGUAGAGCUUUGGCAUAUAUUCAUGGGGCUGUUGGAGUCUGCCACAGGGACAUUAAGCCUCAGAAUCUACUGGUUAAUCCCCAUACUCAUCAGCUCAAACUCUGUGAUUUUGGAAGUGCAAAAGUUCUGGUAAAAGGUGAGCCAAACAUAUCAUAUAUUUGUUCUCGUUAUUAUCGUGCACCUGAACUGAUAUUUGGGGCUACUGAAUACACAACCGCAAUUGACAUAUGGUCUGUGGGUUGUGUCCUUGCUGAACUGCUUCUGGGACAGCCUCUCUUUCCUGGCGAGAGUGGAGUUGACCAGCUUGUUGAGAUAAUUAAGGUACUUGGAACUCCUACUCGGGAAGAAAUCAAAUGCAUGAAUCCCAACUAUACGGAGUUCAAAUUUCCUCAAAUCAAGGCUCAUCCAUGGCACAAAAUUUUUCACAAGCGCAUGCCCCCUGAAGCCGUGGAUCUUGUCUCAAGACUUCUUCAGUACUCCCCAAACUUGAGGUGCAAUGCUUUAGAAGCUUGUGCCCACCAAUUUUUUGAUGAACUUCGUGAUCCUGAUACUCGUCUCCCUAAUGGCCGUCCCCUUCCUCCUCUCUUCAACUUUAGACCUCAUGAGCUGAAAGGAGCGUCGUUGGAGCUUUUGUCAAAGCUGAUACCAGAACAUGCCCGUAAGCAGUGUUCCUUACUUGGUUCCUAGGGUGUGUAACAUCGAUGUCAAUACCUAUGGAACUAGAUUGUGUCUGUAACCGUGUUUCUCUACCUUGUUGGUUGAAAAGUUAAGAACAAUGAAUCUGUUUUGUUUGUUGUACUGUAACUGGUCUCACAAAAAAUGCUUUGAUUGAUCAACUUUUCUGGUUUUCCUGUACCCCCUGUAUGUGCAAGGACAUUAUGACAAGACUCCAAUAUCAAUCUGAAGCUGAUGAUUUCUGUAAUA